AUGCUGGGCUCAACAGAUCGCUCUCCAGCAGCAGCAGCAAGUGGCGCAAAACCAGCAGAUGCAGCAAGGUGGACACCGGGCCAGCCGGUGCACAUGAGCGCCCAGCAGAUGCAGAGCCUCCAGCAAGCACAGAUCGCUGCUCUACAGGCACAGCAACAGGGCCACCAGCAGGCACAGCAGCAGCAGCAGCAACAACAGCAGCAACAGCAGGCUCAGCAGCAACAGGCCCAACAACAGCAGGCUCAGCAACAGGCCCAACAGGCCCAGCAGCAGCAGCAGCAACAGCAGCAGCAGCAGCAACAGCAACAGCAACAGCAGCAACAAGGCCAGCCUCCGCAACAGCAGCAGCAGCCCGGUGGGCCGCAGCCUCAACAGCAGACACCGCAACAGCAGGCGGCCCAACCCGCCGGACCGCAGUCUGCGGGUCACCCCACACCGUCGCAGACGCCCGGCCCCCAGCCAAAUCAGCAGCCUCAGCCUCCCCAAGCCCAGAACCAGGCGCAAGGUCCUCAGCCGGGGCAGCAGCCCCAGCAGCAAUUGAACCCUGCACAGCAGCAGGCUCAACACGCGGCAGCGCAGGCCGUCAUGGCCAACAACAUGGCCCUGGCCCAGCAGCAAGCGCAGGCUCAGCAGGCGAGGAGGGAAGGAAUGAAGGGGCACUGCUUACUGAAGCUCAUGCAGUUCAGCGAGCACCUCAGCGGCUUUUCCCGCAAGGAUGAUUUGUCGUACUGGAACAUGUUUGUCAACCAAUUCUUCUCUACGAAAGGCGUGUUCCGACACUCUGUUCAUAUCACCGACCACGAGGAUCCGUCGGAUAAGCACGGCGUCAGGAACAUGCAGUGGUUCAUGAAAAAGGCCACCACUGACCGCCCACUCCCUGGCGAUGGACACUGGAUCGAGAACACAAAGUCGAGCCUGGUGUACUGGUUCGACAAUGGAUCACACCUUGUCGCGACUGGUACUGUGCGAGCCCAUUUCGACCACGAGCAAAAGAUUGAGCUCUUUGAGUUUGUCACGAGUGGCCACGAGGAAUACAUUUCUCGGAAAUCUGUUAUCGAAUCAGCGAAACCCGCACACAACUGGGUCAAGGAAUGGCACAAGGUCAAUUCGCAAGACUCGAAGACGUCGCCAGAAAUGAGCAAGAAGGGCAAGGCAAGGCCAUUGAAGUCGCCGCAAAACCCACCCCCAGAAGCCUUGGUGGAUCUCCCUGAAUCCUCCGUUAAGAGGGGCAUGGGUGUUACGGAGGAAGUCUUCCAGUUCCUCGAGAUCGUUGAGGUUUUCGGCCAGAUGAACCCGCUGUUUGGCUUCUCUCACAGCCACCCUGGCAUGCGCCCCUACCUCGCCCUCGAGCAAUACGUCAACCAGAUCAACAGCCAACCCCAGCCUAACAUGAAUGGUCAGCCUAUGCAGCAAGGGCCGCCACGCACCCCGGGUUUCGGGCAGUUCCCGGUCCCGCAAAUGCCGCCAGGGGGCGUGGGAGCGAGCCCUGCCCAGCCGCACAUGCAGCUCCCUGGAUCGCCUCACAUCAUGGGUAGCCCGGCGCAAAUUCAGAUGCAGGCACCCGGUAUGCAGCUGCAGCAGAGCCAACAAGGCACAAGCUCGAGCGGGCCGAGCGCCAACACGUCACCGGCAUCCAACAAGAGGAGACGCCCAUCAGGGGUCAAGACGGAGGACGAUGGUUCCUCGGCGCCAACGCCACAGUCGGGACCUGGUGGGCAGGUGAACGGCGUCGGCAACAAGGGCAAGCCUCCCACGCCGAGAAUGCCCAAGCGAGUCAAGGGCAACCCCGCGUGA